AUGGUUCUGCCGAGCCCAACAUCCCAGUUCAUUCACGAGCUGGGCAUGGCCGAAAAGAUCAACGAGUCCACUGGUCUAUAUGGUUCCAAGAUGAAGAGUUGGCUCAUCGUUUCCGGAAUAGUGAGCCGGCGGUCGGAAGGGAGGAUUCUCAGUCUGGUGUGCGAAGACUUGCGAGUCGACGCGUGUGUUCACCAGCUGUCGGACGGUUUGGAAAAACGACAAGGGUGCACAAUCGCCGAUGAAGACUUGAUGGCGUACACAUUAGAAGACGAGCUUCCCGGGGGACUUCUGUUUCCUCUUCAGCCAAAGCAUCAUGUGCCGGCCCGGAUGUCCGGACUCCGGACCGAAGAUCCAGGCCGUUAUGUACAGACGGAGACGGCGUUCGCAGAGGGGGGGCCGGCGCUCGUCGUCUCUGCUGUGGAGAGUAUCGACACGUGGAAGGACGUUGACGUCUCAAGCAGUAGCUGCAUGGCAACUUUCCGUCGCAUUUGA